AUGGACCAGAUACAGCCUUCCCGUGGCCGGUCGCCUGCCCCGGUUGAUCAACAGGCUCUAGAUAUAAAGCAAAGCCACUCUCCAUCGCACUCACCUGCCCGCGCACUGGAUGUCAAUUACCAAUCCGCCGUCUCCAACUCCAACUCUAUCGGGUUGGGUCUAGCUCUUGACUCGUCAUCGCAACCAGUCUUCGACACAUCACAAGCUCAAGCCAACCUCUCUGCCUACAGCGGUGGUGCAGCCAACUUCCUUGCUACAGCAACACCAAGUCUUCAGCAGCAGGACCUUGCCUUUGACCCCAACAUAUCCUUCGCUGACCAACUUAAGGCUGACACUGCCGGCUCAUACGGCCAGGGCUUCCUCGACCCCCAGCAAGCGUUCCCCAACGAAGACUUCACCAUCUUCCCCACUUCGUCGGCAGACCAGCCCCCUACCCCUCUGUUUGACCAACAGCAACCACAGCACCAGCAGCAGCACCAGCAGGAUACCUUUGUAAACACAGACAUCAACACCAUGGCUACCUCACAGGCACACCACAGCCCUACCCCGCCGCACUUGCUCGGCGUGGACGCCCUUGCGCCGGGCUCGGCACACCAGUCACCAUCCUUUAACAACCACCAGUUUAUCCAGCCUGUCGGCCGGCACUCGCGCAACACGUCAUUGGCGCCGGAGGCGGCGCUCAUGCACGACUGGAAUGCGCCGCACUUCCAAGGCCAUCGCCGUACCGCGUCAGAAUACUCAGAUGCAUCAUCCAUUGGCGGCCAUUCGCCAUCCAUCGUCGGGCAGGACAGCUUCACUGAGUCCAUCCAACACCAGCAGAGCUCCCCCAUGCUGCGCACAGAAGAGAAUGGUGAUGUUUAUCAAGAGCUGCACGGCAUCAGCAGCUUCAGCAUAUCGAGUGGCUUUGUGGGACGCAGCCCAUCUCACAGCCCUGCCGUGUCCCCGCGCAUUCAGCCUCAGUCCGUGACAGACGUGAACCAGGUGCCGGCCAGCUUUAUUCUCCAAGCACCCACCGACGGCGCAUACGCCUCAUACUCAUACGGCGCCGUCUCUGGCUCCGAAGCUUUCCCUCAGCUGCCGACAACCAGUACCGACGUGGCACAGGCUAUUCCACAAAUCGCGCCCACAAUUGAGAUCGACUUCGCGCCUACAACAGUCGCGUCGAGGGGCAUAUUUGAUGGCAAGCCCAUGAUUGACACUGACGCCCUCACACCUCCUGAGCAACGUGGUCGUGCCAGACGCCGUGCCAUUACUGACCCAUAUAGUGGAGGUGCAUCGCCCAACGUCAGUGUCAGCAGCCUGUCGCCGAAUGUCGGUUCCAGCCCGCGUUCGGAUGCUUCGCGGUCUUUGUCGCCGCUCGAGCGAUCUGGAAGCGCUGUGGCUGGCAACCGGCGCCGACUGUCGACGUCCGCUGUCCCGAACAACAUUAUGGCCCUCCGUCUAGCCGACCCCGAGUUUGCUGCGGCAAACUCUAGCGAGGCCGGUGCAGCUGGCGGCGCAGUCUCGGGCGCUGGUACAAAACGCGCACAAAAGCACCCGGCGACCUUCCAGUGCUCGCUGUGCCCGAAGCGCUUCACACGCGCCUACAACCUGCGCUCGCAUUUGCGCACACACACCGACGAGCGCCCCUUUGUGUGCACAUUCUGCGGAAAGGCCUUUGCUCGCCAGCACGAUCGGAAGCGCCACGAGAGCUUGCACAGCGGCGAGAAGAAGUUUGUUUGCAAGGGUGAUCUCAAGGUGGGCGGCGAGUGGGGUUGCGGUCGCCGCUUUGCCCGUGCUGACGCCCUGGGCCGCCACUUCCGUUCUGAAGCGGGCCGCAUCUGCAUCAAGCCGCUGCUGGACGAGGAGUUCAUGGAGCGCCAGCGUGUGUGGCAGGAACAACACAUGCAGGCACAGGCAGCUGCGCAGCAGAAUAUGAUGAUGGCACAGCCGCCGUCGCAAAUCGACCCGAAUACGGGCUAUCCAAUGGACGCUGCGGGCAACUACGCUCUGCCAGCGGCUCUCUUGGCACAGUACCCCGCACUCGCGCAGGUCAACUGGUCGCAGGUUGACAUGAGCGGCAACGGUUCGGGUAUGGAGGACGACAUGAGCGGACGCAGCAGCUUUGAUGCGAGCGACUUUGACGACGCCGACGACGGUGGAUAUGUCUCUGGCCCGGGCACCGGUUUCGGUGAAGGCAGCAUGGCUGAGAACUAUGGCGAUAUUGGAUACAAUUCAGACCUCGGUGGCCAGUAA